GGGGAAUCCCUGAUAUUCUACAUACCUGGCACCCAACGCCAUUUCACUAUAGGACCCGCGCUCUGAUAGCUAUCAUUUUCCCUCCUCGUCGGUGCUGCGGUGUUAACCCUAAACACGUAUUCACGAAUAUAAAUUAAUCAAACCCGAGGGGUGUAACUCCAAGGUAAAUGGCGCCGAGCAAGGCUUUCACGUAUUGCGAGGGCGUGCCGUCAUGGAACCCGACGACAUAUGUGGCUGACGCGGCGCUACACGAACGCGUCGAAGCGUUCCUCGCUAGCGAUGAUUUCCAGUCCGCUGUCGUAGCCUCCUUUGCGCUACCGCAUCCCCGCCGUGAUCCCUACGUCUACCAUGCUAUCGUUAGCGUUACCUUGGCCGAAGUCCAACAUAUCGUCUCACUUGGACGUCAGAACGCCUUCCAUGCCUGGUACUUCGAGCCUGCACCCGCACCUACACCCGCACCCUCACCCUCUACCCAAGACGAUGCAGAUGCAAACCCCGAGCAAACUCCACCCUCGAAAAAACUAAGAGCUCUCCCACCACCUCCACGCCCCGACAUCGACGCCUACCUCUCCAUCUUCGACCCCAGCACCUCGACCCCCUCCGCCCUCAAGACCUUCCUCUCCAACGCCAAGAAGGGCAGCCUACGCGCCGAGAUAGCCAGCUACCUACAGUCGAAGCGAUACCUACACCCGGCGCUCGCCUCGCAACUCACCAUCCCCAAGCAGAACAAGAGCAAGAACAAAAACAGCACCACCAACAACGUCCCGCCGAACCCUUAUUUAACGUUCCUAAACUGGAGCUGCCGCAACCUCGAAUGGGCCGGCCCCAGCGUCUCCUCGACCCUAGCCGGCAACCGCUCGCACCACGUACUGCCCGUCCUAAUGCACCACUUCGGAUGCGCCUGUCCCAGCCACGAAGCUCUCGCGAUCCUGCGCGUGCUCGCCGCGGGGCGCGAGGUCUUGGACCUAGGGUCCGGCGGGGGAUACUGGAGCUUCAUGCUGCGCCAAUACGGCGUCCGCGCGGUGCCUGUGGACAGCGCCCAGAGCGCGUGGCGCGUGAACUGGGUGUCCGACACGACGAUCGCCGACGGCGCCGAGUGGCUGCGCAAGCGACGGCGCAACAACAACAAUAACAAAUCCUCGGCCGGAAAUAGCAAGCCCGAAACCGAAAUAGACCCCGACGAAGCGGUCCUGCUCCUCGUAUACCCCAUCGUCGGGGGCACCAUUGCCGGCGGCGAAGAGGGCGGUUUCACGCGGCUCAUGAUGGAUGCGUAUUCCGGGGACACGCUAGCCGUGGUCGGGACGCAGAAUCACAACGGGUACACGGGAUUUCGGGACCUGAGCAUGGACGAGUAUAUGGAACGGGAGCGUGCGGACGAGGGCUGGGUCAAGGUUGUUCAGAUCGCGCUACCGAGCUUCCCGGGCAAAGACGAGGCGCUGUUCGUCUUCCAACGUGGCACCAGGGCCCCAACUAGUACCGGCGACACCACUGUAGUUAGCCAGAUAGAUAAUAGCAGUGGUAGUAAUUCGAAGAAAGAUAGCACAUGACUGAACGAUCCCCUACGGAGCUCUAUAGUGCUUAGUUUGUAUUGCCAUACCUUACUCUCGUCUCUAAUGUGGCACUUUAGGAGACCUAUUAUAGGUUAUAGGUAGGAAAUAAAAGAGUGACUUUGAAACUGGCAUUAAUAGCAUAAACGCGCAUCUUGAUAGGCAAUGACUGGCUUAAUAUAAGGCAGAAACUAUUUGUAUUAAGGCAAUUGAAAAGACAUUGGGAGUUGAGGAGACCCCUACUCUGAUGUUUUCCAUGACUUAUCUCAUUAACCUUCGUCAAUCACAACUGCAUUUCGGUAAAAGCUCUCCGCAUAGGUACCUAAGGUAGCUAAGAAAAAUAAGCCAAUAGCACAUU